AUGUCCGGCGCCCGCUGCCGGACCCUCUACCCCUUCUCCGGGGAGCGGCACGGCCAGGGGCUGCGCUUCGCCGCGGGUGAGCUGCUCACGCUGCUGCAGGUCCCGGACGGCGGCUGGUGGGAAGGCGAGAAGGAGGAUGGGCUCCGCGGCUGGUUCCCGGCGAGCUACGUGCAGUUGCUGGAGAAGCCUGGAAUGGUCCCCCCUCCGCCAGGAGAGGAGAGCCAGACAGCCGUGCUCCCGCCUGGCUGGCAAAGCUACUUGUCACCACAGGGCCGGCGCUACUAUGUCAACACCACAACCAAUGAGACCACCUGGGAGCGUCCCAGCAGCUUUCCUGGGAUUCCGGCAAGCCCUGGCCCUCAGAGGAGCGCUCUGCCUCCAACAGUGAAUGGAUACCACGUGUCAGGGACCCCAGCACACCCUCCAGAGACUGCCCACAUGAGUCUCCGAAAAUCCACCGGUGAUUCCCAGAACCUGGGAUCCUCAUCACCAAGCAAGAAACAGAGCAAGGAAAGCACCAUCACGGCAGAUAAGAAGGACCCCCAAGGCAAUGGCACCGUGGCUGGGUUUGAGCUGCUGCUUCAGAAACAAUUGAAGGGCAAACAGAUGCAGAAGGAAAUGUCAGAAUUCAUCCGGGAAAGGAUAAAGAUUGAAGAAGAAUAUGCAAAGAACUUAGCUAAGCUCUCUCAGAACUCCUUGGCGGCCCAGGAGGAAGGCUCCCUGGGAGAAGCGUGGUCCCAGCUGAAGAAGAGCCUUGCAGAUGAGGCUGAAGUUCACCUCAAGUUCUCUGCCAAGCUUCACAGCGAGGUAGAGAAGCCCCUCAUGAACUUCCGCGAGAACUUCAAGAAGGAUAUGAAGAAGUGUGACCACCACAUUGCUGACCUUCGCAAGCAGCUGGCCAGCCGCUACGCCGCUGUGGAGAAGGCCCGGAAAGCCCUCACCGAGCGGCAGAGAGACCUGGAGAUGAAAACCCAGCAGCUGGAGAUCAAGCUCAGCAACAAGACGGAGGAGGACAUCAAGAAGGCGCGGCGGAAGUCCACGCAGGCUGGAGAUGACUUGAUGCGCUGUGUGGACCUCUACAACCAGGCCCAGUCCAAGUGGUUUGAAGAGAUGGUGACCACCACACUGGAGCUGGAGCGGCUGGAGGUGGAGAGGGUGGAGAUGAUCCGGCAGCAUCUGUGUCAAUACACACAGCUCCGGCAUGAGACGGAUAUGUUCAACCAAAGCACAGUCGAGCCUGUGGACCAACUGCUUCGAAAAGUGGACCCAGCCAAAGACAGGGAGCUGUGGGUCCGAGAGCACAAAACGGGCAACAUCCGCCCCGUGGACAUGGAGAUCUAGACGGGCAUGUGCGGCCCCGGGGGCCUCUGAGGAGAGCUGGGAGUCCAGAGAGCAGAUGGCAGCUCCCCCACAGGGCCUGCUGCUGACGGGACUGCCUUCCACCCACUGUCCUGGUCCCUGCUGAGGAGGGGAGAGUGUGGGCUACAGCUGGUAUUCCAGAAGGGAGAACUGGAUGGUUCAGCUGCGAGCUCCCUGGUAUUCCCAGGCCAAGAAGACAGACCCACAGCCCCGCCCUUGCCUCCGAGGCUGAAGCCCCCCAACUCCCGUGCUGUGCUUGCUCUGAGAACAAACCGAGGCUGGAACUUUGUGGUCCCUGCUGAGCUCAGUAGGUGUGGCCUCCCCAUCCUGAGGAGCCGCCGGAGCCAGCUGUAUCACAUGCUUGUGCCCCUGGAAGCCCCAUCUUCCAUUAUCUCUAGAGCUUUGGAGCAUCAGGGAUGGAGGCUUCUGUCUCCAAGCCCAGUGUCAGGAUCAGAUCGUGGCUAGAAGGUGCCACUCAGCUGAACAGCCAACACCAGGACUGUUUUCAGCCCAUCCUCUUUGAUAAUUCUUUUCCAUCUGGGAGCAACCCAUAUUCUGGCUUUUCUCUGCCACUUUUCACCAUCAGGGGUCUUGGGAAGAAGGUCUGGCUUCUGCCCUCACAGACUGACCCUGGAGAGUUCAAGAUGGACCUACCUCAUUCAUCAAACCAGCCCCAUGUAAUUGUUUUCCCAUUAGAUCAGGCAUCCUUUGUAAAGUCUCCAGAAAUCCCAUUCUACCCAUCCCUCAGCUGAUUCCCGGCCCCCCGCCCGCCACCCAGUCUCACUAGAGGAAGCUUUCCGAAGUUCUCAUUUAUCCUGAUCUUGUCUGGCGACGUGAGCAUUAAAGGCUUUGGAGAUGGAAAUGAAGCAGCUCAUCUCAGAGACCAGUAAGGCAGAGGGACAGCUAGGGUCUGUGUGCAUGGUGCCUUCAGCACCACUGUGCUGCUCAUGGCCACUCACCAUGGGCUCUGUAUGGAGCUGUAUUCGUUCUGUGAGGGAGAUGGGUCAAGAGGGAGAUGGCUCAAGACAAGCCUCCUCAUCCUCCAGAUGGCUCGGGCUGGGACCACUGUCUCUUGUAAGGCUUUCUCUUACCUGGGGAUUGGGGGAGGUUUGAGGGGGGUAACAUUUCACAGAGUGGGUGGGUGCCACACGACAUAGACUCUUAUGGGCACGUCAGGUUGUAACCUUGCAGGCGCUAUUUGCCCUCUUGGCCUCUUUAUUUCUUCUGCACGUUCCAGAGCUUCACACAUGUCAUGUGGUGCUGGCACUGCCCUUCCCCAUCUGCCAUCUUCCAUCUUCCAGCCUGGUCCCAGUGUGACACUGAAAGCUUUCAGCGCUGCCUUUGGAUCCUUGCUCACCGUUUCCUCCCUGUCUCUAUCCCAUCAGACGGAUUCUCCACCAUGUUAGUCUUGAGGGGCCUAGAGAAGUAAGGCAAUCUGAUGGAGGUCCCCCAGGGAGUGAAGGGCAGCCUCAAGACUGGAGCCAAAGCCCUGAGCAUCCACUUAAUUAACCUUUUCCCUUAUUACUUUGGAUUGACAGAGCCCACACAUCUAACCAUGAGGGCAGACACCAAGAGCACAACUCAGUGGUGUUUCUCUCAGUACAUACUAGUCACUGAUUUGAUUAUUAAUCUUGAAUCUUUUGUCACCUCUUACAUUGAGAUAGAAGUGCUCUCUCAUAGUUUCUAUUAGAAAGAUGCCUAAUAAAAUAAAGUCAACCAAAAUUCUUCUCUUUUCUCUUCUUAUUGAAGCAUCCCGACCAAAAAGACCAGUGUGAAGGCCUUUGCCAACGUGGAGGCCACCUGAUUGAUCUGUCCAUGGCAUGGAGAACCAGUCCUUCCAGAUCCAGGGUUGAGCCAGGACACCAGCUGCCAAUUUUGGAAAAUUAUUUCUUGGCUUCCUCAUUAAAAAUGGGUGCUAGUAGUAAAUUAAUUUGUGGGUGAUUUUCACAUAUUGAAAGCCAACAACUCUGGUAUUAAUCCAGAUAUUUUGCCUUUGUCUUCUCAUUCCCAUCUGAGGAUUCCAGAGUCUUCUGUUUAUGCCUGGGACAGUGGGUGCUCUCUUGCCUCUCCCACAGUAGCCACAUUUGGCCUCUAGCCCAGCUUCUAUAUUUUCUUCCCCCUUACUCCCACAGUCCAUCACCUUUAGCAUCUUCAUAUAGGCCUUUUCUUUUUUCCUUCCCGCUUUUAUCUAGUCAUCAGACAUUUGGUUAGUGCCAAGCAGUGUGCUGAGAUCUGGGGACAAGAUGUGGCCCUGUCCUCAGGGAAGCCCAUGUUCUCUUGCUUCAUGUCGACUUGUUUUUUUCCCAGGGGACGGGUGGGUCAGUAACCUUGGUGUUCACAUACAGGUACCCUCUGCAGAAUCCAGGUUUUCAGAGAUACUGUCCAUCGUGCUGAUUAAUCUGUGCAUCCGUUUGUUCAUUCACUGACUCAUUCAUUUAUUCAGCAAAUACUUGGGACGUGCCAGGCAUUGUGCUAAGUACUGGAAAUAUAACUGCGUAUGAGACAGACACUCCGUGCCCUCUUCAUUCUCUGGGUAGAGAGGGGGUUGCUUAGAUCUUUUUGUAAAAUAAGAACAUUGCACUCAUUCCACAUGUAACUGGGUACUUUCUUAUAUAAACCACUGCCACGAGGCUUUUACCCUGUGGAUCGAAGGCAGCAAUGAGAGUUUAAUCACUGGUCACCAGACCCUCACAGCCCAUAUGCAACUAAAAUUCCAGAAUUUCUUAUUUUUUUAUAAAAAUAACUCGCCACUCUUUACAGAGGGGCAGAGUGAAGUCCAAGUGAGUGCCGGGAAAUGACAGUGAAUUAAGAGCAGUCUGGAGUCCAGGGUCCAGCCCCCCCACCCCCAUCCCUAUUAGCAGGGCCUUUGGGUGAAAUCUAAGUAGCAGGAAGUCUAGAAACUCUGAAAGUACUCUUGGGAGUGGCCAACACAGUAUCUUGGUUUUUGUUGUUUCGUUUUUCCUGUACUUAGGUUGUAAGUAGAUUUUGCUGAGUUUAUUCACAGAAUGGGUGAGUCCGGGUUACCCAUGAGAACAUUUCAUUAUUCCUGUUUCUGAGAACAGGUCAGCCUCUUCCACCUGCUUCCUACCGGGGAGACACUGUUGCAGUUAGUUUUGUCUGUGAAGACCUGAUUUUAAAGAAAAAAGACCUCCAAGACUACUGGUGUUCAAAGUGAGUUGCUAUGACAACUUCCAGGAAAAGCCACUUGUUACCUUCCGACUUUUCAAGUGCUUUUGAUCAGUAUUGAAACUCGAGGGCCGAGAGCUGCUGGGAGGACGGAUGGAGUGGCUGCCCUGAGUCCCACAAAUGGGAUCACCUCGGGCCACCUUCCUCCCUUCACGCCCUGCUGACCUGGGAGGGUUUCUGCAGCCGGAGGAGCGCUCCUCCACUCGGGCGGUGGAGGGGCUGAUAAUGGCCGAAGCAGACAGCAACAAUGUACGUGUGACCAACUAGCGGUUUGUUUCUGUUCCCUUUGAAAACCAGUCAAUUACUAGGUUAGUGGAUGGGUGCAUGAAAGUUUUGGCCGAGCCAAGGUCCCUUCUUGGAAAUACAAGCCAUAAAAUUCAAAGGACCCAACGACCUUGGCUUGUGGAGGUGAUUUUACUUCCAGCUGUGAGUACCCUUGACAAGGAGAGUUUAAACAGGAAUCGCAAGACCUGUUCUUUGUUAUGUAGGUAAAGAAAGCCCUGGACAAGUGUGAAGUGGGGUACAGAGCAGCAGCAGCAGCUUCCUUCUCCGGGACAUCAUCUUAGUCCCAUAGCACUCCCCAACUGCACAAGGCCCACUGCCUCCCUGAACCCCAGGUUUGUUGAGGUAUAAUUUACAUACAGUAAAACCCACCUUUUUUUAGUAUACCAAAGCCAGACCCAUUGGUGGCAAGUCAAUUCCAACUCAUGACAACCCCAUGUGUUACAGAGUCGAACUGCUCUGUAGAGUUUUCUUGGUACUCUCUACUGAAGCAGAUCACCAGGCCUUUCUUCUGCAGCACCG